GUUCUGGUGUGGGAUGUAUAACCGCUUUGACAAAGGAUUGCAGCCCAAGCAGAGUAUGAUAGAGAGCCUCCUGGAAAUUAAGAAACAGAGAGCAAUGCUAGAGGCAGAUGUGCAUGAACUAGAAAAGAAACUGAAUACGUGUGAUGAGCCACCAGAAGAGGUCUGUACCUGCUCUCAAUUAGGGAAUUUAUUAUCCCAGCAUCUGGGAAGUCCUUUGACCAAUCCUCUCGGCUUUAUGGGUAUUGAUGGAGACCUGAAUACCUUGAUGGAGAAUGGCACCCUGUCCAGGGAAGGAAGCCUCCGAGCUCAGAUGGAUCAAGUAAACAGCCAGUGUGCAGACCUCCACUGUGACUGCUGUGAGAUCAUGGGCAGUCUUAGGGCCAUAAAUAUGUCUGGGGAUGUGAGCAUCUCCGAGGCCACGGGCAUCUCUGCAGACUUGGGCAUCUUUGAGGCUUUGGGCACCUCUGAGGUCACUGGCAUCUCUAGAAACAUGGGUAUUUCUGAGGCCAGGGGCUUCUCUGGAGACAUGGGUUUCUCUGGAGGCAUGGGCAUCAUAGAGGACACGGGCAUCUCUGAGGACAUAGGCACCAAGGAGGCAGGCUUCUCCAAGCAGCAGUGA